GCCACUUGCCGGCAUUGUAAUUCGUACUACCGACAGUGCGCGCGCGUUCGCAAGAAACAUCGUAAAUUAUUUCGAUAUUAUAAAAUCGAUAUUUACAUCGAUCACAUUGUAUUGAUAAUUUAAAAAUUGACAUUUUGAUAAAAUACGUUUUUAAAGUGGGACAUUAAAUACUUUUGAUAAUAUUUCAUUGGACUACAUUCCUUAGAUAGACAUAUUUUUAAUAGUUUUAUUGAUUUUAAAGAUCGUGUGGGACAAUUAUAUUUAGACAUUGUGUUUUACUUCGUGUGUGAUGAGUUCUUGUGACAUUGAACUGAAAGUCUGCUGAGUUUUGCUGUUGCUUGUAAAGUUAUAAAAGAAAAUGGCGGCGGAAAUGUCUUUCGCCAACGCUACCUCGGACAGCGGUCUCUCGGAAGCGCUAGCCAACCAUGUGAAGGCUUUGGGAAGAAUGUUCUAUCUGCAUUCGCCUAAAGAACAGUUGUAUGAAAAAGUUGAGGAUGUACCCAACUUCUUUAGACAGUCGUACCCGUACUUCUUAAUAUUCAUGAUCAUCGAGCACAUAGUCCUGAGGUUGGAAGGCAAGAAAGGCAUCCGACUCAACGAUGGAAUUACAAGCAUAUCCCAUGGAAUAUUCCAGGAAUGUGGCAGGCUGCUCUGGCGCGGCGCUGAGUCGUAUCUCUACACCUGGAUAUACUGCAACUUCAGGAUAGUCGACCUGCCGUGGAAUAACACCAUGACCUGGUACGCCGCGGCUUUGGGGGUCGACUUCUGUUACUACUGGAUGCAUAGAGCCUGCCAUGAGGUCCACAUCCUAUGGGCUCAACACCAAGUCCACCACACUUCGGAAGACUUCAACAUGGGUGUAGGCAUCAGGCAGUCAGUUCUCCAAGGCUGGUGUGGAUUUAUAUUCUACCUACCACUGGCGUUGGCGAUACCACCGGCGCAGUUCGUGAUGCACCACCAGUUCAGCUACCUCUACAUGUUCUGGAUCCACACGGAGGCCAUCAAGAGCCUCGGGCCUCUGGAGUACAUCCUCAACACUCCCAGCCACCAUAGAGUCCAUCAUGGCAGCAACAAAUACUGCUUGGAUGUCAACUACGGGGGGGUCCUCAUCAUCUGGGACCGUCUCUUCGGCACCUUCAGACCGGAGACAGACAAGAUUGAGAUCGUGUACGGUCUCAUAUACAACCAGCCUUCUUUCAACCCAGCUUACCUGCAGAUGUUCUACACCCGAUACGUGAUCCAGAAGUUCCGUCGCCUGGAGACCUGGAGUGACAAGCUCAAGGCGAUCGUGUGGGGACCCAGCUGGGAGCCUGGCACUCCACGACUUGGUGAUGAGGACAUGAAGGUGGAAGUGGAAAACCGUCCCAAAUACGACAUAUUCCUGCCAGCGUGGUGCAACACAUACAUAGUUUUGCAUUACGCUGUAGUUUUGUACGGCUUCUUCGAGCUGGCUUCCAGGUAUAUGGGUAUGACACCAAUAUCAGUGAUCAUCUUCGUAUUCUAUGUGAUGGCUUCUCUGACCAUUAUUGGCAUGUUGCUCGACAACUCGAAGUACGCCCCAAUACUGGAGGUCCUGAGGUGUUCAGCGCUGGCCUUCCUCACGAGGAGUAUAGCAACCAGCCCCGCUUUGACAGCUCUGCAGAUGUUCUACGUAAUAUCCGCUAUGUACUGGUGCUUGCAUACAUUGAAGCUGCUGGAAAUCAAGAAAAAGGUUGAUUAGAUAAGAUUUUAUAAAGCCACAUUUAUAUGGAGAGAGUUCGAAGCCAACAAACAAGUCAAGUUAAAGAAUUUAUUUGAACUCCAACACAAAGUUUCCUAUUCCAAAUUUGAAAUAACUGAAACUUAUUUUCCUUAUCCCAAUUGGCUAUUAAGUUGUAAUUUUAAGGUGUCUAUACAUUGCUUAAUUUUUAAAAGUUUGCUACGGUGAUGGUGAAUUCUAAAUAUACCUAGUCUGAGAAAAAUCUCACAAAAUACGCAACUUUAUACUUUAUGUAACUUAUACUAUUAAUAUAUUUAGUUUUGUUAUAUUCAAAAUAUAUUAUAUUUUUUUUACUAAAUCGUGAAAAGGUUAUAUUAGUAAUAUUAGGGAUUUUAAAUCUUAUAUUUUAUUAUAAAAUAAUAUAAAAACAAUAGGGUAACACUCUCGCGUAAAAAAAAGAGACAUAAUGUAAAGGAAACAAGUUAAACUUUCUCCAUGUAAAUAAGGCUUAAAAGUAAAAAGUUGUAUGACCAAAGUUAUUUUAUGCAUGAAAGCUAAUGUUUUUUUUGUAUUUGUUAUGUGCUGAUUUGAAUGUAUAACUAGAUUUAAAUUUAAACUAUUGCGAUAAAACAUUGUACAGCGAUAUAAUCAUACCUUUGUAAAAACAAUUUUCAAAUUCAUAAAAAUACUGAGCAAUGUCACAGCGCAGCGGUUGAAGCAGUGUCGAUCAGGAUAAUGUAUUUAAGUGAUAUCGUCACUCUCUGUCACGCUACUCCACAUUUUUGUUGGCAUAUGUUUUUAGCCACAUGUAAAUUUAUUACCAGUAAGUCUGCUGGCUGAAAAAAAAAUCAAUAUUUGAUACUAAAAUAAUUGUUUGGUAUUUCUACAUACUACAGUAGUGUUUGUUUUUUGAAUGUUUAUUGUGUUGUUUUUUUAUGGUUUUAUACUUUUAAAAUCGAAAUUUAAGAUGUAAUUUUCUUUUGAUAAUUAUAAAUAAGAAUAGUAAGGCAAAGUCUGGUAUGUGCCUUUGUAAUAAUUAAUUAAUAAUUAAGCCAGUAGUAAUUAAUAAGUAAUCAUAAUAUUUAUCGCAAGUGCCAAAUGUUAUGUAAUUUUAAGGGGAUUUUAGUGUAUAAUUGUUUUGCUGUUUUCCGUUUUGUAAUUUUGUAUUUUUAUAAAUAUACUGCCAAAAGUGUACAUAGUUGUAAACGUAUCAAUGAAAAUAAUAAUAGUUAUUAAGCUCAAUAAGAACAAUAAAAUAAAUGACUAGUCGAUUUAA